GAGGAAGACCAGGAGCUGACAUUGAAAUGUUCAAAAUGUCGCGCAACAUUUUGCCUGUCAUCCACUCCAGUGCCUCAAGACAACAAUGAAUCGACCACUGACCUCAGUAGUCUAGACUCAAAUAUUGUUGUAAAUAACAAAGCAGACUCUUCAGCUGGUAAGUAAGCUGUCCUACAGUUUAAAUCGUGUGGAUAAAAAAGGUUUAAUAAGAAAGAUUUUGCUCUUGGUGAGUGUUGUUUGCUGUUUUACAGAAGCUUCCGGGCUACUUUUCUUUCGGUUUUUCUCUUCAUGUUUGUUGUUUCUGCGGUUUGUUUUCAAUAAUUUCUCUUUCUAACCUUUACCAUUUUGAAAAUCGAGUUAUAAGUUUAGGUUAUGGGCCAUUUUUACUAUCAUUUGAACAGAAUAAAGAACCAGGAUCAUUAAAGAACAAACUUUAGAGUCCAACUUUUCUUAGCCUCCCUCACUGGGGUAUGAACGCCUGACGAAGCCAACAGACCGCUUGAGUGGGAGGCUAAACAUAUCUGGGUGAAACAUUUCACUGACACAACCCUACUCAAUCGACAGCUACGCUUUUGUAUUAGUUGAGUCGUUUGCAGUAACUUGUAGAAUGCAGUUUGUGGUCUGUACAUCCCUCUAAUAAUUUAAAUCAUUUUCAUUCAAUGCAGCAUGGAUCAAUACAUUCCAUGGUCCAGAGUCCAUUGAUUAGGAUAAUUAUAUAGAUUUAGCCAGGGCUAAAAGCGAAGCUCUUGAUAAUAUUAAAAGUUUGGUCAAACAAGAUAUAAAAUCAUGUAAUGCUAAGCGGCACAGGCAACAAGAAUGGUGAAAAAACAACAACAGGUCUAAUGAGCAAAAAAGCAACUUUGCACAUGCAGCACACUUUUUUUGUGCAUUUCUUUGCCGUUGCUGUUUUUCACAACUACAAUGUGAAACUUCUAGAAACUUCUUAGUUACAUGUUUUUGAGGAUUAGUGUCAUGCGUGUUCUCGUUCACUUUUUUUUCACUGCUGCUCAUUUUUGCCUUGCAUUGGUGGCUGCCAGCAUUUCUCAUGUUGUCACCACCGCUACAAAAUUUUCAUGUUGUGUUUUUUUUUUUUAUCUCUCACUCUAGAUCUCUGUCGCCCUUUUUAUAGUUGAGCUUCGAUGGCCUGCCGCCUACUUUCUCUUUUUCUCGGUCUUUCUCUUGCUCUAUAUUCCAAAUUUGUGGGCAUGACAAUUAAUCUCUAAGCUUAAUACUUUUGACAACAUGGAUACAGAAACAAUUUCCACUUUCCGUUUUUGUCUUUAUUUACUUUAGUUGUGCACGCGGGUGGCUAUGCGAUUUCCCUCCAAAAAACCCCUCGAGUUGCAUUUGGGUUGCCAUACCUGUUGAUUGAGUUAUUUUACAUUGGUAUACCUGUGGUGCAGAUGGUUUGUUGGAAGCGAUCAGUGUACGGUCAAAUGAUUACCAAAUUUUCUGGAAUGGGUAGAUUUACUUACCCAUGGUGCUCCGCUGGUGCAAGAGCUCCGCUAUGAUGUCAGAUAUGCCAACCUCUGGAGAUCUAAAAUCUGAACACUCCUCCCCCACAAAAUAUCAAUGACCCCUCCCCUGUUAUAAACACAAAUCAAUCAAGUCCCUAAAUUAUAGCAUGGGUGUGGCCUGGGACAUUUUAUAAAGACUUACAUUAGCUACCACAAACAGACCAUCAAAACUUGCUUUAUGAAAUACGUGCAAAAUCUAAGAAUGUUUUGAAUUGAAGGAAAAGUUUUGUUUAAUUCCAAACUAAAGCAUAGGAAAGCUCAAAAGGUGAUUAUUUUCGGGAGACUCCAGAUGGCCCAUACAGGAGACUGCUAGAUUGGUGUAAUAUAGUUGUGAGUUAAUGAACUUGACAGAAGCUGGAGAACACAACUCAUUUUAUCACAGGAAAAAGCUUUGUGGACUACAUAUGAUUACAGAAUAGAAUGCGCAUAUCUGCUAGGAGCUUUACCUUUCCUUGGCCCCAAGGGCCAGGAACUAACAACAUCGUUACAAUUAUAUUGAUGCUUUCUUCAUGGGACUCCUUGAUGAUCUGGGGGAGUUGACAUAAUUAUGUGAUGUACAGUUUUUGAAAAAUCCAAAUACCAACAGUUCAGACUUUGCAGGUCUAUAAAUCCCUACACAAGUCGCGAAUUAACUUUUUACAGUUCCAAACUAUAAAUUCCAUUCACCAUUCAUUCAUGAUAGUAUUUGAUUCAUUGCUUAACCCUUUAAGCCCCAAUAUCCACAUACAAAUUCUCCAAACUGAUCUCUAUACAUUUCCUUUACGAGUUAGUUAAGAGGAUUUGAUAAAAGAUCAAAGUAUUUUCUCUUAGGUGAUCAUUUUAUUAAUUCUCAUAACCUCAUCUCAUGACAAUGUAUGGAUAUCGUUAGGAGAAAAUUGCUGUUGGUCACUAUUGGGACUUAAAGGGUUAAUGUAUAGUUACUUGCUUUUAUUGAAAAGAUGUCAAUAUUACGUUUUUAAUUUCUUCAAUGAUCCUGUCUUCUGUACUUCCUACUUCUUGUUUUGAUUUUUGAUUAAUCAAUUUUUAUUUCCAGCAAAAUUGUCACUUAUGCCCUUUGCAUCAAGCCCAUGAUUGAUUUGGCCGGAGCCUAUUACCUUUAACUCACAUUUAAUUAAGUCUAUGUCACAGCAUUUUAUGCAUGGCUUUUAGCAUUAACAAAGUUGUUUGCAUUGCCGUCAGUUGUAUAAAAUUGGUUUGUUUAUGAUGACAAACCAACUAUGCAACUGACAACAAUUCACGUGACUUUGUUAGAGCUACAAAUACUGAAAAGAAACCUCUUCUCACAGGGUACAGCAUUUUCAUAGACCACCUUAUAUUUCCGCAGUACAUUCAAGAUUAGUUGACUUUUGUUCAAAAUUCAGGCUCCGGACUUGUUAAGUGCAUCAGUUGUGAAACAAAGAUUAGAAUUUUAAGGUGUUGGUCAAUAUUUUUAACUAAUACCUGACAUACCUUGAGCAGAGAGUUUUACCAUUUAACUUGUGCCACCCUGCUCAACAGUAGAUGGAGAUGGGCAAAGAAAAAGAAAAAGUGAAGUCCCAGAGGAAAAGCCAGCCAAGCGACAGUCCAUUUGUAUCGAGGACAAACCUGACUCACCUGAGGGUGCAGAUACAGCUGCAAGUGAAUUACAAAAACUUUCACUAGUAAAGAAGGCAGGAGAGCAGCAGGUGGAAGGUCCUGCCGAUACUGCAAUAACUCAGCAUGAAGAAAGUGAUGAGCCUCUCAUCAUCGACAACGUUGAUUCAGAGCAAACCCCAGAAGUGAGAACUAGUAACCAGUCAGCAGGUAGGGUGAUUGGACCCUAAGAUGACUCUCUUCUAAAAAGUCUGUUUUGGUUGAGCAGUUUUGGUAACAAAUUCAGUAUGGUUCAAUUGAUGUUUAAACAGUCUCAUCAACCCACGUAUUUGUCUGUUUAAAUAAUUAUUCAUAAUUUCAACAUUUAUUAAAAAAUUUACAGUCCUGCAACAGGGUUACCAUCAUGCAAGACACCUAAAUAAAAUGAAAUAAAAUUUAAAGUAAUGACAUUAAAAAAAAUUUUCUACGAAAGAUAAAAUGGAUAAAAAAAAAAAAUUCCACAGCAUCAAUCAUUAUGCAAUAUUAAAAUUCAUCACUGACUAAAAUAGUCAAAUCUUGCACAUUUAUUGAAGUUUUAUUGAUCCAUCUGCAAUUUGUAAUUUUUGUCUGCAAUAAUGAGCCCUUUAUUUCUUUGUGAAGCACUUCAGGUGUAAUUUCUGACAUAACAUUUUAAUGUAGAGUCAAUGUCUAAGGGGCUCACAGCUAGGAAGGGUUAAUAUUUGGGACUUAGUUUUGCCAACAAAUUCUUCUUUGGAAUCCUGUUGAAAGCCUUGGAUGUAUUUAGACUGUAUUUCUACUGUUUGGCUAAUUUUGCCCUGGAAUUGCUAAAACAAGGGUAAGAGCAAUGGUACGACUGAUCUGCUUUAUUCUUCAUAUCCUACUCAGCCUUAUUUAUUAAUUGCUGUAUUAUCCAUUCAAAAUAAUUCCUAGUUUAAAAACAUAGCUAAGACAUGCUUACUUGCAUCAAUGUUAAGUUCAUCUUCGUUCAUAGUGUAAGUUUAGGUUUGUCCAGCUCCACAAAUAUAAUCUCCAAGUAGCAGAUGUUGCCCUCCGAGUUGUCUUCUUGCUGUUUUUACUAUGUUUUUAGCUAUUAUUUCUCCUUAUUCCAGCUGUAUAGUUCUUAAGUGUCCCCCAUUUUUGUUUUCACAACCAAAACAACUCAACCUCGUCGCCAGGUCUUCUUGGUAACGGUGCCUUAACCUUUAGCGGGCUGCAUUUUUGAAGUCAUUUCCUCAUUGAACACAAAAUUUUCUAGAUUUGGUCAUCAGUAACUGGUUAUGGUGAAUUACGCGUGUGCUUUUAGCAAAUGAAUAAGUGAAUGAUAAUUGCUAUUAAAGGAGAAAACAGGGAGGAUAAGACAAAUCUUUGAGAUGGAUAGCAAAAAUUUACACUGAUUGGUAGUAUUACUGAUAAAGGAUUUGCCAGGUUGGCAGCUGUGGGAAGCCAUAGUGUUUUAAUCCUUCUAAUUGGUGCAAAUUUGUUGCAACAUGAAUGCACCCCCAGCUAGGUGGGAUACCCUAACUUUGUAUAAGUACAAAACACUUCAAGAAUUUUAACCCUAACCGUAAUUAGGUACAUGUCUGACAGUAUAGCAGACAAGUUUAUUUUCAAUUUGGGAAAAAAAUUGUAAAUUGAAAUUUUAGGGUUAAGGUUUAAAACUUGCCCAUAAGCUAGAUUGUUGUGGAAUACGGGGUUAAUCUGCAAAACUCAUGUGAUAUGGUGGACAUGUGCAGUAGAUAUGGUGCUUUGAAAAUUGCAAAGUCUGCGAUUUUACGUGAGUUGGGAGAAUAUUACUAGACUAUUUCCUUUUUUGGUCAAAAUAUGGCAUUGGGUGAUACAGUAUGCCCUUAUUCGGUGUUCUGAAUACCCGUGCAAACUUGCCCUUUCCCUAACCCUCACCCUUACCCUUAC